AUAAUAUUAUUAUUUAAAAUUAAAACGUGCAAUUGUGCGGGUCGCAUCAUCCGAAAUUAAAAAAAAACGUGUAUUAAAUAACGACUAGAAACUAACGAUUAACGAUGGACUCAUUCGAUAUAUUUAAAAAGCUAUCAGUUGGCGCAAAAUUUAAAAAACCGGAAAAAAUUGCGAUUAAGCCCGAGAAUGAAAAAUCCAGCGCGAAACAGGUUAAAAUCAAAACAGUCGGUGAUAAUGUCCCUCCAGCGCUUUCAACUUUUGACUUGAUGAAAAAAACUUAUUCUUUGAGUCCAGUGUUAAUGGAAAAUCUUAACAAAUCUGGUUACACUGAGCCAACGCCAAUUCAGACUCAAGCUAUUCCAGUUAUGUUGCAGAAAAGGCAAAUAUUUGCCUGUGCUCCUACUGGUUCUGGUAAAACUGCCGCGUUCUUAGUACCUGUCAUUCAUCAUUUGAAUAAACCCUUAAAUAAAGGAUUUCGAGCCUUAAUUGUGAGUCCUACCAGAGAGUUGGCAAAACAAACGUUAAGAGAAUGUACAAGACUGUGUGAAGGAAUUGGACUACGAGCACAUACAUUUACCAAAAUUAAUAAAGACAAAGAAAAAUUUAAUCCAAAAUUGGCUCAAAAAUUUGAUAUUUUAAUAGCAACACCUAAUCGACUUGUGUUUCUACUGCAACAGGAACCACCAGCUGUUGAACUUGACAACAUUGAGUGGUUAAUAAUAGACGAAUCAGAUAAAUUGUUUGAAACUGGAGUUCGAGGUUUUAGAGACCAAUUAGCAACAAUUUAUAAGGCUUGCGGUCCAAAUGCUAAACGUGCCAUGUUCAGUGCUACAUAUACAGUAGAAGUGGCAAAAUGGUCAAAGAAAAAUCUUGAUGGUCUUGUAGCUGUAACAGUUGGUAAUAGGAACACUACAACUACAACAGUCGAACAAGAUCUGGUGUUUGUUGGCAACGAAGAAGGAAAAUUAAUUGCAAUGAGAGAUUUAGUGAAAAAAGGUCUAACGCCUCCAGUUUUGAUAUUUUUACAAUCUAAAGAGCGUGCAAAAGAACUUUUUAGUGAACUUAUUUAUGAUGGAAUUAAUGUAGAUGCUAUACAUUCUGAUAGAACUCAACAACAAAGAGACAACACAGUAAAAGCCUUUCGUGAAGGAAAAAUCUGGGUUUUAAUUUGUACAGAGCUUAUGGGUCGAGGUAUUGACUUCAAAGGUGUAAAUUUGGUAAUAAAUUAUGACUUUCCAUCUUCAGCUAUCUCAUAUAUUCAUAGAAUAGGUAGAACAGGGCGAGCGGGACGUUCUGGUAAAGCUGUUACAUUUUUUACAAAUGAUGACAAACCAAUGUUGAGAAGUAUUGCCACAGUGAUGAGGGAUUCAGGAUGUCCAGUACCAGAUUAUAUGUUAGAAAUGAAACGAUUGCAUAAGAACACUAGAAGAAAGUUAGAAAAACAAUCUAUUGAUAGGAGUGAAAUUAGAGUAAAACCACAUAGAUAUCAAAAACCUAAUACUGAUAUAAAAGAUCCAGCAUCAUCAAAAUCAAAGAAAGAAUCAAAUGAAAAAAAUAAAAAUAUAAAAGUUAAAAAAAAUCUAGUAUCAAUUAUUAAUGUUGAUCAGACUUCUAAAGUAAACAAGAAACGAAAAUCAAAUAGUUCAAAGGAACGUAAAGUUGUAAAGAAAAUCAAAAAGACAUCUGCUUAAACAAUUAUGUAUAUAUUUUUUAAAUAAACCAUUUAAUAUUAUAUUGUUA